GACUCACACACAACACAGCCAAACCAGACACAUACUGCAGACUCACACACAACACAGCCAAACCAGACACACACCGCAGACUCACACACAACACAGCCAAAUCAGACACAUACUGUGAAAUUAUUGCAGAGCCCAGUACUGACACACAGUGUACAGAAACACACACCACAGACACAAUCUGUAUGGACACACAAUGCACAGAGAGGAGUAGUCCACCCACCACAGAGGCAGAUAGGAAUAGUCCACCCACCACAGAGAGGAGUCCACCUACCUCAGAGACAGAGAGGAGUAGUCCACCCACCACAGAGGCAGAGAGGAGUAGUCCACCCACCUCAGAGACAGAGAGUAGUCCACCCACCACAGAGAGGAGGAGUCCACCCACCACAGAGGCAGAGAGGAGUAGUCCACCCACCACAGAGGCAGAGAGGACUAGUCCACCCACCACAGAGGCAGAGAGGACUAGUCCACCCACCACAGAGGCAGAGAGGACUAGUCCACCCACCACAGAGACAGAGAGGAGUAGUCCACCCACCACAGAGGCAGAGAGGACUAGUCCACCCACCACAGAGAGGAGUAGUCCACCCACCACAGUGAAAUACAACCCAGCACCACACAGUUUAGAAACCACAGGGAAGGUCCAUUCAGCCAGUCCAUGUGUGGGUAUCCCCAACGGACCUGUCACAAAGACCCAGCCUCAGGCCUUCCUCAGUGCUACAAAGACUCACGUUGAGGCAUGUGGAUCAUGUGCCCACUGCCAGGAAGAGCACAAGGUGUGUGUCACAACCAGAAACUCAGCAGAGCCACCUGAACCGUCGGGGACAGAGGAGACAGUGAAUGGGUUCUGUUCAAUCAGGUCGUCCGUGGGGGCUGGAAAUCCUUUUGAGGUGGGACUUCCUGUAGAGGUGGGACUUCCUCCCUUGAUAGACACCCGUGGGCCCAUACCUCUUUCCAACAUCCUGUCACCUGAUCUGUCUCUCUCACCAUCGCAAAACAGGAAGGGGAUCAACCAAUUGGAAUCACAGUUAGCCUCACCGGUCCCAGCUCCUGGGCUGGGCAUUGAAGGAAUGAUACGAACACAGAGCGUUAGUUCACGACCACUGAAGAAGGAUGCCGUUCAAACCCAGGGCCUAAUCCCUGAGCUCCAGGACCAGUCGGGCUCCAGCACAGAGACACCCAGGGACAGUGAGCCCUCACCUGGGGAGAUUACGAGGGAUGAGGGCUGGCUGGGGGAAGGUUAUACCUCCGUAGAGCUCCAGCCUGCUUCUGCUCAUCCCCAGUCUGACGCUGUGGGGUGGAGUGAGGAAUGCCUGCCCACCCACCCACGCUCCCUCCCCCACAUAGACUGGCCGCCUCCCUCUGACAGGUCAGGAUCAGAAGACUCAGAACACUCACAGCUGUUAUCAAAGACCUCGACUAGAGAGGACAGGACAGGACCAACCCAUUCCCUGCCCGUGGUGAGAGAGGAGGAGGAGGAGGAGGAGAAAGAAGAAGAUUGUCAUGUUUACAGUCAACAGGAACAGGCAGUAGAAAGCACAUCCUGCCCUGAAUCAGCACAGCCAAACACUGUUAAAAGAGCAGAGUUCUCUGACCAUAGAGACACCGACUCUGACCAUGUUGGGCUGUCAAGCACAGAGGAGACGGAGGAUGCUAUAUUCCCCUACAGUCCUACAGGAGCCUUCGUAGAGAUCACUAGUGAUCUGUAUGUUGAUCUCUGCACACAGGGUGUUUCUAGUGACAUAGGCCAAGGGUCAAACCAACCUACAGAGACUGAGCCUCUUCAGGGAGACAGCACAGAACCACCUGCCUUAGAUCAGGAGACUGUACCACUGAGUAGGAUAGAGAUAACUGUGGGAGCAGACUUUUCUGUUACCAUAGGAACAGACUCUCCUGUUAUCGUGGGAACAGACUCUCCUGUUAUCGUGGGAACAGACUCUCCUGUUAUUGUGGGAACAGACUCUCCUGUUAUUGUGGGAACAGACUCUCCUGUUAUUGUGGGAACAGACUCUCCUGUUACCGUGGGAACAGACUCUCCUGUUAUCGUGGGAACAGACUCUCCUGUUACCGUGGGAACAGACUCUCCUGUGUGUAAAGAACAGGUCCAUAGCCGCCGGGAUCACCUAGAGAUCCACCACAGGAUCCCUGAGCCUCCCUCUCCCUGCCCUGUGCCACCCUCAAUCAUUUCUCUGUCCUCCCUCUCUGACUCCAACAACCACACCAAGGCCAGUGAAAGGUUGUGGUCAGGGUCUCUCUGUAUGAGGGGCCAGAUGUCAGAGCAGUGGUCCUCUGAGGUAGAGAUAAAGGUAGCCCACCAGAGCAGGUCAAAGGAGUGUGGGGAUAAAACUGAUGGGGAGUCCCCUUCCCUGACUGAGCCCGCAACGUUAACCUCAAAAUUCCUGGGGGAGACCAAUGACACCCUGGACAGCGCUCUUGAAGACCCCCCUGAGGAUUCUGAGAAGUUCCUGUCCCUCGUGGACUACCACCCUUGCUGGUGCAGUGAUGACUCAGCCGUGUCCUGGCUGGAGGAUGAGUAUCUCUUCAGCCUGGCUGAGGUGGAAGAGCUGGAGAGGCUUCAGAGAGAGGGUUACAGAGACGCCCCUAAUCAGAACCAUACAGACUGGAGAGGAGACAUCUCUAACCAUACAGACACUACAGACUGGAGAGGAGACAUCUCUAACCAUACAGACACUACAGACUGGAGAGGAGACAUCUCUAACCAUACAGACACUACAGACUGGAGAGGAGACAUCUCUAACCAUACAGACACUACAGACUGGAGAGGAGACAUCUCUAACCAUACAGACACUACAGAGUGUAGGGAGGCUAAUUGUGCUGCAAACAGUACAACAGGCCUCUCUGAACCCUUAUCUUCCUACCUGGAGACCAGAAGCCUGCUAUUGGACAGUGCGGAGAAGGAGAAGGGCCAGCAGCCCAUUCCCCACCAAUCCCCCAAGCCUCCCUGGGACAGAGACAGACAGGAGUGUAGCAACUCACCUGAGACUUUAGGAUUAGAGGACAGUUGGUUUACUGAGGAGGACAGCUCAUACAGAUCCUACCUCCAGACCAGCUCUCACCCUACCCUCCUGCAGCAGGAUCGUGAGGUGAGAAUCGUGAGGUACCCCUAUCCCGGCGUCAGUCUCAACCUGCUCUCCCUUACUAGCCUGGAAACCAUCCUAGAGGCUGAUCCCGACCACUCCCUGGACAACUCUGGGACAGUGGAAGAUGAGACUGGGGAUGAGGAGGGAGAUAAGGAGUGGAGAAAGAUUGUUAGGAUAAGGCCCACUGAGGAGGACAGAGGCACCGUUCUUCUGUCUGGUGACAUCAUCAUAUCCUAUGUGCCCACUUUCAGCACGUCGUCGUGUCGCCCUGAGGACUUGUCCAGUAUCGAGUCGUCAGAGCACCAGCUGGUCUUGUCGACCUUUGACCCUGAUGACCCCAGGGUCAUGACCUUACCACACGACAGGGACGCCUCGGGCAGCGAGAGAUGCUCCAGUCCCACCCCCACCUCUGUGUCCUACGAUUUUGACACCACCAGCACUAACAGUGAGGAGACGGAAGAGUCCAUCAUGCCUGUCUCGGGGGGGAACGCUAACCUCCACAAACCCAUGAAGAGCAAGUCUAAAGGAGGCCGGUCGGGGAGCACCAAGAGCUCCAAGUUCUCUGUCUUCUCCAAGAUGCCUUCCUUCAGGAAGAAGAACAGUCUGAAGAACUCCAAGGUGGACAGCUCGCCCCGGGACUCACCCGACCUGGGCCUGGGAAGGGAGCUGGGGGGAGACGCCUCAGACAACGACAGUGUCUUUUUGACGGCCCAGCAGGCCUUCUCCUCUGGUCCGGUGGGUUGCUACGAGACAGAAGAGGAGGACUACAGCUUCUUCCCCUCCACGCCUCGCACCCGCCACGUCCGCCUGCUCUUCAGGGAGGGGUCCAGCAGCCCAGACACCCCUCUGACCUCCCAGCCCGGAGGUCUCAGACACAACCAGACUGGGGCCCCCGAGGGCCUGCACGGCUACAAGAGGAGCAAGAGCUCUGACAGCCUCAACCUCCGCAUGCGCUUCGCCCAGGCCCACAAGUCCCUAUCCGGCCUGUUUGAGUCUCGCUCCAUGGAUAAGGAGAACGAGGAGGAACAGGGGAGCGUUGAUACAGGGAGUGAAGGGAAGGUGGGGCGAGCCAAACAGUCCUGGAGGAGGCUGAGGGCCAAAGAGGCUGAGCUGGUGAGGAGUACCCUGUCUGUCCCGGUCGGGAAUGGGGUCGCGGGAGAGGACGGUGGGGGUUUGAGGAUGCCCAGACAGAUCCACAGUGACUAUGCAUCCCGCUCGGCCUCAGGCUUAGUGCUCAGUGUCCCUGGGUCCCCCUCUUCUCUCAGGGCUCUGAAUCUCACCGACCACUUCACCAAGAGGGGCCUGCAGGACAGUCAAAGAAGGUCCGGGGCCUACACCCCACAGGGCUGCAAGUUGGAUGGCGAGAGGAGGGAAGGGAAAGUCCCGCCCAAAGACCUGUCAAUCAACUUCUCAGACUCCGGACCGCCGUACUCGCAAGACUCUGAGGCUCCGCCCGCAAAUGAAUCCAGCGCCCUGUCGCCCAUGAGCCCCGCCUCCCUGGCUGCAUUAGCCAAUCAGCUGUCCUGGUCCCCAGGGGGAGGCUAUGAGAGCACCAUUUCUAGCAUGGUAGCUAUACCAGACACCCCAGUGAGACCCAUGAGCCCCAAGCCCCACAGCCCCAGACCUGCUGCCCAGCACAGGUCUAUCUGUCACCCCCCCACUGUCUCUGCCCGGGCCUCAGUCCUGUCCCUGCUCCUCAUGGGCCAGUCUGCCAGUGUAGAGGGCCUGUCUGACCCGCCAGAGAAGCCCAAGACCCUGAAGCCCCGAGCUGGGCCGUUAGACUCCUCCUCCCUCAGUCCAUUGGAGGAAAGAGAAGUGGACAGUCUGCUUACACCUAUGUUCUUCAAACAGCUUGAGACCAGUCAGGAUGAAUGUAGACCCUGCAGCCAGACAGGAGGAGGAGGGAAGAGGCUAUCAGAGCUGAAGACUCCUGGGCCUUCACCGGAUACUACUGCCUUAGCCCUCAGACCACCACAAGGCCACAGGCCGGACAGGGAUCCGAGACGCCACCGCUGCUGCUCAGAUGACCUGUGGAUCGAAGAGGAAACAAGACGGAAGCGGAAGCUGGCCCGAGUGAUGAGGGGAAGCCUGGGACAACUCAACACACACUGUCCUGAAGAGCUCGACAAAUCGCAUGCUUCAGUGUCCCUGUCGACCAUGGAGGCAUUCUCUGGGAUGAUCCUGAAGUCCCACUGCUUCUCCCAGAGCACCCCCAUCGGUCUGGACUGUCUGGGCUGGAGACGACGCAUCUCCUACCCCUUACCAGACGGGGGUGGAGAGAAGACCAGUCUGGGGCCGGGUGAUGAUCUAGGCAGUGAUGAAGACCUCUAUGAAGAGUUCCGCAGUUCCAGACAUCACUUUGGACACCCAGGCGGAGGUGGGGAACAACUGGCCAUAAAUGAGCUGAUUAGCGAUGGCAGCUGUGUGUACGCCGAGGCGCUGUGGGACCAUGUCACUAUGGACGACCAGGAGCUGGGCUUCAAGGCGGGGGAUGUCGUCGAGGUAGUGGAUGCCACCAACAAGGAGUGGUGGUGGGGACGCAUUCUGGACAGUGAGGGCUGGUUCCCAGCCAGCUUCGUCCGGUUGCGUGUGAACCAGGAUGAGCCUAUGGAGGAGUACCUAGCCCAGCUGGAGAAGCCUGGGGCUGGGGAGAAUGACCAGCCAGGCGUGGGCCUGUUUCUGGGACCAGGCCUGCCUUGUAAGGAACAGAUGAGGACUAAUGUCAUCAAUGAGAUCAUGAUCACAGAGAGAGACUACAUCAAACACCUCAAAGACAUCUGUGAGGGUUACAUCAAGCAGUGCCGUAAGAGGAUAGACAUGUUCACAGAGGAGCAGCUGCUGUGUAUCUUCGGAAACAUCGAGGACAUCUACCGCUUCCAGAAAAAGUUCCUGAAAGGUCUGGAGAAAAGGUUCAACCAGGAGCAGCCGCACCUCAGCGAGAUCGGAUCCUGCUUCCUUGAACAUCAAACAGACUUCCAGAUCUACUCGGAGUACUGUAACAACCACCCCAACGCCUGUGUGCAGUUGUCCAGGCGGAUGAAGACCAACAAGUACGUGUUCUUCUUCGAGGCUUGUCGUCUGCUGCAGAAGAUGAUUGACAUCUCGCUGGAUGGGUUCCUGCUCACGCCCGUUCAGAAGAUCUGCAAGUACCCUCUGCAGCUGGCCGAGCUACUGAAAUACACCAACCCCCAGCACAGGGACUAUAGGGACGUGGAGGCUGCCUUGAACGCCAUGAAGAACGUGGCCAGGCUGAUCAAUGAGAGGAAGCGACGCCUGGAGAACGUCGACAAGAUCGCUCAAUGGCAGCGCUCCAUAGAGGACUGGGAGGGAGAAGAUAUCCUCAGUAAAAGUUCAGAUCUGAUCUUCUCUGGAGAGCUGACGAAGAUCUCCCAGCCUCAGGCUAGGAGCCAGCAGCGCAUGUUCUUCCUCUUCGACCACCAGAUGGUCUACUGCAAAAAGGACCUCCUGCGCAGGGACAUGCUGUACUGUAAGGGUCGUAUGGACAUGGACCAGAUGGAGGUGGUGGAUGUGGAGGACGGGAAGGAGAAGGACUUCAACGUGUCGGUGAAGAACGCUCUGAAACUGUGCUCGCUGGCGGGUGACGAGGUCCACCUGCUGUGUGCCAAGAAGCCUGAGCAGAAACAACGCUGGCUCCGAGCCUUCCAGGACGAGAGGAGGCAGGUGCAGCACGACCGCGAGACAGGAUUCUCUAUCACUGAGGUCCAGAAGAAACAGGCCAUGCUCAACGCCUGCAAAAGCCAUCCAGCUGGGAAGCCCAAAGCGAUGACACGGCCCUAUUGUGACUUCCUGCUCCGUCAGAAGCAGCCAUCUCUGCCCAGCAGGGUUCCCCAGCAGCAGGUCUUCAUGCUGGCUGAGCCCAAACGAAAGGCAACCACCUUCUGGCAAAACAUUGGCAGACUAACGCCUUUCAAGAAGUGAACCGCCAAAGGAGAGGAGAGCUCUCCGCUCGUGCCUGAACUUAACUUUUUAUGCCAGAUGCUCGUUUUUUUAUUAUAUAUAUAUAUAUGUAUACAUAAUCCUAUCCUAAUUGAUAUACUGAUAUCGUGAAAGAUUAUUACAAUGAUAUUUUCUUCUUUGAGAAAGCACUUUAUAGGUUGGUUACAAUUAGACUUGGGAAUGGUUCUUCCGGACAUUGUGUGUAUAUAUACAUGUUGGGAGACCGUCACGAGGACUAUUAUACCUGCAACUGCAACCAACAACCGAUUGGUUCCACUACUGCUGCGUGAUCAUGUGACUGACUGCCUGUGAGGCUCCUCUUUAUGAAAGACGUUGACUGGCGACAGCAAAAUGUGACAUUUUUUCCCCCCCAUUGUUUUUGUUUUCCGACUAAAUGCCAACUGUUCACAAUGCCAGAAACAUGUUACUUUUGCAUUUAAGUUUCUUUCUGGAACAAAAAAAAAAGGUGAAAAAUUGUGAUAAAGGUUUAUUGUACUUCUCUCUGUACAAAAAAAAAA